GCACCGAAAGCGAGCUCGUCUCCCGUGUCUUGUCGCCCCAGGGUUGUGCGGGAGCGGGGUGGACGAGAGGCCUCCUCCGGCGCUAGGGAAGAGAGCUCCAAGAUGGAUGGUUGGUGACUUUCUUUCCAGAUGUUGAGGUACCUGCACCCCUGGCAUAGGCCCGUACUGAGUUGUAGUUGGAGUAGACUGUGCCUUCUGAAGCAGUAUCUGUUUACAAUGAAGUUGCAGUCCCCAGAGUUCCAGUCACUCUUCACAGAAGGAUUGAAGAGCCUAACAGAAUUAUUUGUCAAAGAAAAUCAUGAGUUAAGAAUAGCAGGAGGAGCGGUGAGGGAUUUACUGAAUGGAGUGAAGCCUCAAGAUGUGGACUUUGCAACCACGGCCACCCCCUCUCAAAUGAAGGAGAUGUUUCAGUCGGCUGGGAUUCGUAUGAUCAACAACAAAGGAGAAAAACAUGGAACAAUCACGGCCAGGCUUCAUGAAGAAAAUUUUGAAAUUACUACACUACGGAUUGAUGUCCUCACAGAUGGAAGACAUGCAGAGGUAGAAUUCACAACUGACUGGCAGAAAGAUGCGGAGCGCAGAGAUCUUACUGUCAAUUCUAUGUUUUUAGGUUUUGAUGGUACAUUAUUUGACUACUUUAAUGGUUAUGAAGAUUUAAAAAAUAAGAAAGUUCGAUUUGUUGGACAUGCUAAACAGAGAAUACAAGAAGAUUAUCUUCGAAUUUUAAGAUAUUUCAGGUUUUAUGGGAGAAUUGUGGAAAAACCUGGUGACCAUGAUCCUGAAACUUUGGAAGCAAUUGCAGAAAAUGCAAAAGGCUUGGCUGGAAUAUCAGGAGAGAGGAUUUGGGUGGAAUUGAAAAAAAUUCUUGUUGGUAACCAUGUAAAUCAUUUGAUUCAUCUAAUGUAUGAUCUUGAUGUGGCUCCUUACAUAGGUUUACCUGCUAAUGCAAAUUUAGAAGAAUUUAAGAAAGUCAGUAAAAAUGUUGAAGGUUUUUCAUCAAAACCGAUGACUCUCUUGGCCUCGUUAUUCAGAGUACAGGAUGAUAUCACAAAAUUGGAUUUGAGGUUGAAGAUUUCAAAAGAAGAGAAGAAUCUUGGUUUAUUUAUAAUUAAAAAUAGGAAAGAUUUAAUUAAAGCAACUGAUAGUUCAGAACCAUUGAAACCCUAUCAGGACUUCAUUAUAGACUCUAGGGAACCUGAUGCAACUACUCGUGUGUGUGAACUACUGAAGUACCAAGGAGAGCACUGUCUUCUGAAGGAAAUGCAGCAGUGGUCCAUUCCUCCAUUUCCUGUCAGUGGCCAUGACAUCAGAAAAGCAGGUAUUUCUUCCGGAAAAGAAAUCGGAGCUCUAUUACAACAGUUGCGAGAACAGUGGAAAAAAAGUGGUUACCAAAUGGAAAAAGAUGAACUUCUGAGUUACAUCAAGAAGAACUGAUGAGAACUGGCUACUCAAUAAAAGGUGGAAAAUUUUUGGACUCGGGUUCUUUUCUAAGCAAUUAAAGCAUAAAGGAAAAAGACCACCAUGGUAUUACCCAGGAAACCAGCUGUGCUCUGUUGAAGGCCGACCUAUAAGAUUCAAGUUGUCGGCCUUGUACACAGUAAGCGUCUCAUGCACGUAUCCAUGAGGAUUCACGUAAGCUGCCAUCGGCCCACACAAGGAUAAACUGAAACAGAGAAUCAACACAGAGGAUUUAAAAAAAAGUAAUUCUAAUGGUAGAUUUUUUAAAAGUUCACCAAGAAAUGAAGUCAUUACAUAAUAUUGGUAUAAGAAAUACAGUUCUUUAACCUUUUAAAGAGAAAAUACUGACACUGUCAAGAAUUUCAUUUUACUUGGAUCUACCAUCGAUGCCCGUGGAAGCAGCAGUCAAGAAAUCAAACAAUGUAUUGCAUGGGGGCAAAUCUGCUGCAGAAGAUCUAAGUGUUAAAAAAAAAAGACGAGGACUAAUGUGCACCAUGGUAUCCUCAUUCGCCACAUGUGAAGGCUGAACAAUGAGUAAGGAAGACCAAAGAAUUUACGCCUUUGAAUUACGGUGUUGGCGAAGAAUACGGAAUAUACCAUGGGCUGCAAGAAGAACGAAAAAACCUGUCUUGGAAGAAUUACGGGCAGAAUGCUUCUCAGAAGUGAGGAUGGUAAGACUUUGUCUCAUAUACUUUGAACAUGUCAUUAGGAGGGACCAGUCCUGGGAGAAGCACAUCAUACUUGGUAAAGUAGAGGGUCAGCAAAAAAAAAAAGGAAGACCCUCAAUGAGAUGGAUUGACACAGUGGCUGCAACAAUGGAUGGCACAGGACCCGGACAGUGCUUUAUUCUGUUGUAUAUAGCGUCUCUAUGAGUCAGAAUCGAUUCGACGGCACCUAACAACAACCACCUUUUAGUUAGUUUUCGAUAAUUUUUUGUUUUUAACCUCCCUCAUCAUAUAUACUGGAAAAUAGACAGAUCUCAAGUUCAUCUAACAGGGUCUCUGACAGUGUCGGUGCAAUGCAGAGGUCUCGUGUGGUCAUGCCUGGGCAGGUGAUUACAGAUAGCAGUUUCUUUGCCUGCUUGAUUUAUAAUUCUGAUGAAUUUGUCAUAAAAUGACUUUCAAACACUAAUAUCACAUAACCCACACAUGUUCAGACGCAUACUCUGUUUUAUCUUUGGCCCUAUGUGGUAAAACCGAUAAUGGUUGAGAUACAAUGUUUGAGGUAUUCAUUUUAGGUCCUUAAUCACUAAAAAGAUACUCUAAUGUGUAAGAUUCUCAACAAAUACCAGGAGAAAAAAAGGUGGGAAACUUAAUGCCUGGUUGUUUUAUUUUACCACCCUUGUUACCUAUGAGUAACGCUUCCUUACACAGCCAUUGUUGCUCUGAGUACCCUGUCAGGAAGACUGCCUAUCCAAAACUGAGCUAAUUCCUCACUUUGCUGAGUAUUACCACAGAAACUGAAAAUACAAUCUAAUUCUGAAAAGGCAGCUGGAAAAUGUAUUCAGAAGUAUACUAAAAAUGUAAUAACAGAUCUUACCUGAAUAUUUCAUUUUUGGUUGUUAUUUCUGUUUCUUGGCAUUGUUUACAGCAAAGGGAAGUACACUAAAAAUUUAAGAGAAAAUUAUUUGUUUUAUUAUGUAAUUACAUAGCUCCUCAAGAAAGUUUUCUAGGGUAUUUUAUUGCACCCUCUCAAUACCAAAAUACUAUAUUUUCCUUUCAACCAUUUAAAAACUUAAUUUUUAAAGAUAGGGUAAGAAAAACCCUAAAUCUGCCACAUACUUAUAAAACUAAAUGAUCACCUAGGAUAAAGGAAUAGUGACUAUCUGAUAACUAACCACAGAUAUACCAUGUAGAAAGCUCAUUAAGUAAGUUCAAUCACAUACAGGCAUUAGAUUAAGUAUUCAUAUUUGAGGAAAGCAAAACAAUCUUGAGUUUAUCUGCGUGAUCCCAAGUGAAAUGUUUCAAUUAUCUUUUAAAAUAUUUUUAAUGUAAUCCCUGACAAAUACACUGCUGGACCCUACAGCUCUCAUGGUUGGACUACUGGUCCCAAGAAUGCAGCCUAGGUCUCUAGAUUGACUACACAUGGAUUUCAAAAACAUAAUUUUACUUACUUUAUUCAUAAUGUCUAGUUCACAGCGAAGUCGUUGGAUAGCACUACCAAUUUUAAGGAGCUGAAUUCUUAAUACAUCAUCAAUAGGAAGACAAGCAGCUACUCUGUAAGAAAAAUCUUAAAGACAUUGUGGGUUUUUCAGUUUUAAACUCAUCGGAUAACUUCCUUUUGAAAUAAACCCUUAUCUACAGGCUUCUCAAAGUACACAUUGCAUACAAUUAAAAACAAUACUAAAGUAUACCAGCUAUCAAGCAUAUACUCUUAAGAAAAACUCUUCCCAAACUUACUUUGUAAAUGUGAUCUUCUAAAUAUGAAAUCAAAUUCAUGUUACAAAAAGUCAUUUAUCUGCUAAAAGAUUCAAAAAGUAGCUAAACUGAACCUUGCAAGCAAACACGGAGACCUUAUAUAAAUAGGUUAAUCUUAGAACUGGGAUCGCUUCAUUUAAAGGCACCUUAAAGAACAGGCAAAGGGAGAUCUUUACACCCAAAUAGUAUUUUUUGAUGAUAGCCUUUUUUUUGCAGUUUGAACUUUUUAUGGAAACCUUGCCUAAAAUUAGAAUGCUCACAGAUUAUAAGAAACUUUGUUACAUUUGAAAAAUACUCAUUUUUCAAAUGCUGAGCUUUACAGAACUAAUUAAAAAAUAUUCAUUAGUUUUAAAUAAAGAAUUUUUUGUUUCAUUAAAUAGAAAGCACAUCAAAUAAUUCCUCUGAGCAAGAUACUACAGAGCACAGGAAGGAAAGUGACUUUCAGUACCUAUUGGGUUUGAUGGAAGAGAAUCAUCUUUUAGAUUUUCAUCCCAUUCACGCAGCUGUUUCUUGAUUCUAUCCAUUAAGGUUUCCUUGUUUAAAAUAAAAGCCAUAGUAAGGUUCACAGACUUAAAAAUCUACUGUCAGCUUUUCAACUGAAUCAGAAUCUACUCGACAGCAAUGGGGUGUUUUGGUUUUGUCAGCUUUUCAACUCUUUAAUAAAACUAAUAUGCUAAUAGCAAUUUAAGUCAUCAGCAUGUGGUAAAAACGUACCAUCUGAAUCCUAGUUUAAAUGUGUCUAUUUCCUUAUGCAGAAACGAGGGAGCCCAGACACCUUCGCCAAUACUGUAUCUGCUUUCCAGGCUCUCUCACCCAUAGUCUAUCCCAGGGGCACGUGCUGCUCGCUCACUGCCUUGAUAAGACACUCUGUUCCAAGCUCCUGCUUAGAACUGGCCCCUGUUCUCCCACUUUCAGUAAAGCCUUUUCUGACUCCGUCCAGAGAGAUGUAGCUCCUAUAAACUGCUCUAGCACUUGCUAGUCACACACCUUACCUGGCAUCUAUUUACUCCAUGAGAGUGCUUAUUAUCUUUUCCCAGUGUCUGCAAAAUACUCUUGGAUGUUGUAUACUUAAAACGGUUCAAAAGCAGCUGUAGGGCUGAGAUAACUGCAGUUUCCUUUAGUGCCUACAGGUCAUAAAUACUCCAAACCUACUCUUAAAAAAGUUGCCUCAAACUCCAGAUUUGUGGGCAAGGUAGUUCACUAAGAGCAAUGACUGACAUUUGUUAAAUGCCUACUGUAUGCCAAGUGCAGUAUUAUCCCACUUGACAGAUACCUGGAGAAUCAAUUUGUCCCAAAUUACAGAGUAAGUGAUAGAAUCAAAUUUUCAACCUGGUCUUUGUGUCCAAAACCCAGAUUUACUCCAGCACUCUGUCCCUUAGUGAGUUUGCAAGAUGAAGCAAUGCCUGGUAUUCGAGGAGCAAAAAGGCUCAUGGAAUGCACCUAAUAGUGACCAGGAUAUAGUUGUUACGCUUAUUUAGGAAAAAAAGAAACAGUAUUAUGCAGGAUUAAUUUUCUAAAUGUCAAAGCACUAUCCAACUCAACAGAAUUUCAAAUGAACUGCUUAAUAAACCCAAGUCUCAUAAUAUCUUGCCCUUAAGUUAUAAGCCACUGGAAACUGUGGAAAAAAUAAAAAUUCUUUAGAGGCAACACCCAGCAGAAUUUGAUUUCUGCCCUUUCUACUUUAUGAAAUGUAGGUAAUGCCAUUAGUUCUGAAUAUAAAACACGACUGAGCAUGAAAGCCUAUGUUUUGUUCUAAUGACCUUUAAUCGUGACAUGGCUACCCCAGAUGCACAAAGUUUAAGGUUCGUUACUUACAGCGUCAUAUAAGGAAUACAGCCAGUGAGGCCAUGAAGUCAGAUUUGCACAAUGAAACUUUCUCUGAAAAAAAAAAAAAAAAAAAAGUCACUUGAAAAGAACCCACAGGAUGAAGAUUCUUUUAUGGUGGAAAACGCGACAUUUUUAAAAUACUUCAGGAAAAGAUUUUAUUUUAAAAAGAGAACAUUUUGUAGAUAAUCCCACAAUAGAUGGUCAUCUACUAAGCUGGAUGGUCGUGACCUUGAAGAGUCACUAAUCCUACUUCUACUUUGACUGUACUUUUUGCAUUUACAUUAGUCAUUACUUGUCUGGUAUCUGCAGUGAAAACCUUAAAAUACAGUCCAAACUCUUUCUGUGAAAACUGUAAAUGAGCCUCCACUCAGCCACUAUAGAGGCAAACAUAAAAAGUGAGACGAUUCCAAGAAUAAAGUUAUUAUAUACUUGAAACUUCAUAAUCAAGAUCCCCAUUUCAUAAAACUCAGGGAAAACAGAAGCCCAUUACGUAUCUCUUCCAAUUGUUUUAUUUUGGGAUCCAAACAGAAGCAUGCUAAAUCCAUAUAAAAACGUGCAUUAUACUUAAAUUCUUGAAGAAUUUCAAUAUUUGAUGGGAAAAAUUAAGGGUUAAGAUGUCAGUCCUCGAAGUGUGUAUCCAAAGCAGUAGUGAGACUGGAAUUUAGAAACAGAACCGAAAGUUCAUCUGGAAGGACAAAUGUGCAAAAACAAUCGAGAAAUUUUGUAAAGAGAAGCCAGUGUGUUUCACAGGACACAGAAAUAUGACUGACAGGAUGUACUGCCGCAGUACUGUUAAUAGCAACAGCUUAGAAACGACAUAACAUCCAUCAACACUGAAUUGUUACACACGUUUGCACUAGGGAAUGUUAUGUAACUGAUCAAAGAAAAAGGCAUACUGAACAUACAGAACAAAAAAUAUUUUUCAAAAAACAAAAAAACCCUGUAUAUCUACAAAUGUUUGUAAUUUCAUGGUAAAUAAACUGUUAACGUGAACCAA